UACUUUGGAGCAUCCUAACAUGGUGUGGGAAGUGAAGACAAAUCAAAUGCCUAAUGCAGUUCAGAAACUCCUUCUGGUAGUGGACAAGAGAACUUCAGGGAUGAAUGAGUCACUGGAGUUGCUGAAGUGUAAUGAAAACCUGCCCUCUUCACCUGGAUAUGCAUCCUGUGAUGAACACAUGGAACUUGAUGAUCUUCCUGAACUACAGGCUGUGCAGACGGAUUCUACCCCACCUGCACUUUUUCAGCUUGGUGCUGAUGUUUCACAUCAGGAAUGUUCAAGGCCUUCGUGGAACCAACAUACCUCAAACAGCAAUUCAGAAAAUGCUUAUUCUUGUGAGAAUGGGGUGAACUGGUUGACAGAAUUGGCAAAUAUAGCCACAAGUCCUCAGAGUCCUUUGAUGCAGUGCUCUUUUUAUAACAGAUCAUCUCCUGUUCACAUAAUAGCUACAAGCAAAAGUUUACAUUCCUAUGCACGUCCUCCACCAGGAUCCUCAAAGAAUGAUCCUAACUUCUCCAAGAAUGCUUUGGAUGAAACACCAGUCAGACAUGAAAGGGUGAAUAGUGAAUCAGAAUCUGGCAUUUUCUGCAUGUCAUCACUUUCAGAUGAUGAUGAUUUAGGAUGGUGCCAUUCCUGGCCCUCAACUGUUUGGCAUUGUUUUCUAAAAGGCUCUCGUUUGUGCUUUCACAAAGGACGUAAUAAAGAAUGGCAGGAUGUUGAAGAUUUUGCAAGAUCUCAAAGCUGUGGAAAAGAGGAAAAUCUCGCAGUGAAUCCUUACAAGGGCUACGGUUCCGAUGGUUUGAAGUUGAUUUCUCAUGAAGAAAGCGUUUCCUUUGGUGAGUCAGUGCUGAAGCUGACUUUUGAUCCUGGCACAGUGGAAGAUGGCUUGCUUACAGUAGAAUGCAGACUCGAUCAUCCUUUUUAUGUUAAAAAUAAAGGUUGGUCAUCUUUUUAUCCAAGCUUGACUGUGGUACAGCAUGGCAUUCCAUGCUGUGAAAUGCAUCUUGGAGAUCUGUGUCUACCUCCUGGACACCCUGAUGCCAUUAACUUUGAUGAUUCAGGUGUUUUUGAUACAUUUAAAAGUUACGAUUUUACACCAAUGGAUUCCUCUGCAGUUUACGUGCUAAGCAGCAUGGCUCGCCAGCGUCGCGCGUCUCUGUCGUGUGGAGGAUCAAACAAUCAAGAUGCUGAGAGAUCAGAGUGCAGUAGUAAAAACUGUGCAUCUACUGCAUCAUCACAUCUUUCCUCCAGUUCUUUGUACAGCAAAGCUGGCAAAAGCCACAGCUCAGGGACUGCAAGUACUGUGAGUGCCACUUCUCCAAACAAGUGCAAAAGACCAAUGAAUGCCUUCAUGCUUUUUGCCAAAAAAUACAGAGUGGAAUAUACUCAGAUGUAUCCAGGGAAAGACAACAGAGCCAUAAGUGUGAUACUUGGUGACAGGUGGAAGAAAAUGAAAAAUGAAGAACGACGGAUGUACACACUAGAAGCCAAGGCCUUGGCAGAAGAACAGAAACGUUUAAAUCCCGAUUGUUGGAAACGAAAACGAACAAAUUCUGGCUCACAACAGCAUUAAGCCAGAAUUUUCCUGUUGACUCUGUAUUAGAAAAUGGCUGUUGCUUGAUGGCAAGAAGAUGCAAGGUCAAGGUCUUACUAUUUGUUCUGACUUUGUGUGACCAUAAAAUACUGGCACCAUCAAGUCGGAAAUGAUUAAUAUGAGUGCAGAUUUGCUUUUUACAAUAGAACAUUAAGUAAGCUAAAACUAUCAACAUUUUAAACCAAAUUGCCUUAUUUUUCUUCCAAACUUCAUAUAUGUAUCAGGUAAUAUAGGCUUGAAAAUGGAUAUCCUGUGGUGCUAAAGUACUUUAGAAAGAGGCGAAGGAGAUGUGUAUAAAUGUUUAUUUUUAAAAGAAAAUGUACAAAAAGGGGAAUUUUAAAAUAUGUAACAGCUGUUUAUAUACAUUGAUUCUUAUUGCUGAUUAAUAUGUAUUGCACAACCAUAUUAUUAAUUACGAUUCUGGGGCCUGGGAUUUUCUGAAAUGGCAAAACGUAUUAUCAGCCUGGAGCUUCCCAGCCUGCCCGGAUGCCAACAACUUCCCGGAACAUGGCAUAAAUGGAGUGCGUAGUGUGAUGUAGCACGGGAGCUGCUUCUUGGGUUGCCACGUAU